AUGGCCGAAAGCAGCAGGCGGGUGGCUCCCGACGGUGACAACAGCCUAGAGGCUCUGUGGGCGGCGCACGAAGUGCUGGGGCGACGCACAGAAGAGCUAGAGAAUGACGUGCAUCGGAUUCAUGAAGAGAUACGCCGAGAGCUGAGGGAAAUUACCAUCCGUUUAGAUCGGAUUGUUCCCAACCGGAAUGCUCCGGUCGUGCGGCGAGGAGCGGGACCAGAGCGCCUUCGGCCGCGAGAUAAUCAGCUGGAGGAAUCGUCUGACUCAGAUUUUGAAGCAGGGGAAGUCCGCAAUUCAGACCAUUUUGAUUCGGAAGAAGAAGAAGAAGUGUUUAAUCAUCGGCGGAGGCGACCGAGGGAUGUUAACCGGCCGAACGGUGAGUUUCGAGUCAAAUUAGACAUCCCGUAUUUUGAUGGAAAAUUACACAUUGAAGACUACCUGGAUUGGGAGCGUUCGGUUGAAACUUUCUUCGAGUAUAUGGAGAUUGAACUGACUAAACAGGUGAAGUAUGUAGCCUGUCGGCUUAAAGCUGGAGCUAGCGCGUGGUGGCAACAGAUUUUACAGUCUCGGCGAAGAGAAGGGCGAGGUCCAGUGCGGAAUUGGAGGAGAAUGAAACAAUUGUUACGAGGUCACUACCUUCCGACCGACUAUGAGCAGAUGUUGUAUCAGCAAUAUCAACAUUGCCGCCAAGGUAAUCGUUCGGUCAACGAUUACACAGAAGAAUUUUACCGCCUGAGUGCUAGGAAUAAUUUGAACGAAACAGCCAAUCAACUUGUCGCUCGUUACAUUGGCGGGCUCAAGGAGGCGAUUCAAGAUAAAUUGGAAUUGAAUUCCGUUUGGUCGUUGUCGCAAGCUGUCAACUACGCCCUGAAGAUUGAAAUGCAGAUGGUGCGACAUAAUAAGGGCCAACAAUUUAAAAGAGCUUCUCCUGUCGGAGAUCAGUCAGCUGAUAUUCACAGAAAUGCAACUUCGUCAACCUCUCCACUUGGCAAACAGCAAAGUCUAGGCAAGGGAGCAAUGGGGGGACUGAAUUCUGGGGGACGUGCUGCUGAGAACCGAUCAGCAGGCCGGGACAGAGCUACGGCCAAAGAGAACCCCUAUGCCAAACCAUCUAAUAUUAAAUGUUUUCGGUGUUUCCAAUCGGGACAUAAGUCCAAUGAGUGUCCCACAAGACCUCAAUUACAGUUGCUGGAUGCCGAAGGGGAAGAUGAUCUCGAGGAACACAAUUCGGACUCAGAACCAAUUCCCGAGGAUGUGGAGGCUGACAGUGGGGAACCACUAAUUUGUGUCCUAGAAAAGUUGUUAUUAGCUCCAAAACAACCCAGCACCUCCCAAAGAAAUGCAUUAUUUAAGACUAAGUGCACUAUCAGGGGAAAGAUGUGUGAUUUACUGGUGGACAGUGGCUGCACGGAGAACGUUGUGUCGCGAUCCAUGGUGCAGGCUCUGAAGCUAAAAACCACGAAGAACUCGAACCCGUACAAGAUCAGCUGGGUCAAGAAGGGUGUUGAAAUGACAGUAACGGAGCUAUGUAAAGUGACGUUCUCUAUCGGGAAACACUAUGUUAGUGAAGUUUUAUGUGAUGUCCUAGACAUGGACGUGUGUCACAUUAUUUUGGGGAGACCGUGGCAGUACGAUGUGGGAGCUACCUAUGACUGUAGAGCCAACACAUAUUCAUUUGAUUGGAAAGGUAGGCGACUGCGUUUGGUUCCACACAACUACAGUUCAUCAAUUGAAUCUCCAAAAAAAGGUAAUGCUCUGUUUGCUGUAUCUGCUAAUGCAUUGUUGAAUGCAUGGAGAGAAUCCACUAGUUUGAUGGCUUUAAUAGUAAAAGAGAUCUCUCCGAUCACUGUUGGGAAGGAGUUGCCGAUUGCUGUAGCUGAUCUGCUGAAGCGAUUUUCGGAUAUCUGCACUGAUAAUGUACCAACCGAGCUUCCACCUAUGAGAGAAAUUCAGCAUCAAAUUGAUCUAGUACCGGGUGCUUCAUUGCCGAAUCAACCACACUACCGGUUGGGUCCUAAUGAAAAUGCUAUAUUGCAACAGAUUGUUGAUGAGCUGCUGGAUAAACAAUUGAUUCAGCACAGUUUGAGUCCAUGCGCCGUACCGGCUCUUCUGGUAUCGAAGAAGGAUGGCACGUGGAGAAUGUGCGUCGACAGCAGGGCAAUCAAUAAAAUUACAGUGAAGUUUAGAUUUCCAAUGCCGCGGAUGGAAGAAAUGAUGGAGAAAUUGGCUGGAUCAAAAAUAUUUUCAAAGCUGGACUUGAGGAGUGGUUAUCAUCAAAUUAGAAUCCGGCCCGGCGACGAGUGGAAGACUGCGUUUAAGACGCGAUAG